CGUCAGAGCUGAAGGCCCUUAGUCAACACAAUCAGUUGCAGAAACACUAACUAUUAUCGACAAUAUGGACAAAAAACAUUUUAAUAUGGCCUCCCCUUACCCUUUUCCUCCAGGUCGACGCGUUGAACCUAAGAAGUACUCGCCACAGGAGUACAGGAAGAAGAUCAUCAGCUUGUUUCCGCUGCCGCCGAGGCCCGCAAGUAUGUGCCACGAUGCUUUCGUGAAGAAACUGCUGGAGCCCUAUGUAAUGGAGGCCAAAAAGGAGGUUAGAGCCGUGAAGAUGACCCAAGAUUCCAGUAGCAGCCCCAGUGAGGAUCCCAACGAGGCCUUCCGGGCGAAGAUGUACAAGACGGACUACUCGGCACGAGCUUCCGUCUAUAUGGCCAGGGCCACUAUGGGCGGAAGGAUCAGUGCUAAGUCGAUACUUAGUCCCCAGCAACGCGAUUCCGCGGCGUUGACGACCCAAAUGUUCAAGGUGCGCUUCGCCAAUCUGAUAUCCGACUUCCGGAACGUGUGCAUCAUCUACCAGCUGCUGCAGCUGCAGGAGAUCCUCAACGUGAUGCGGGAAUACCCGCCGGCCGGCACCAAUCCCAACGACACCAUCUUCGGCUGGUCCUACAAGAAGAAUCUGAAGCGUUUCGAGCAGCAGACCAACACCGUCUAUGUGGACAUUCUGGAGAAGAAUAAAUCAGAGGCCACGCUCGAUGACCUCAAGUUCUACGUAGACUUGGGCGAGCUAAUAGGUCUGGUGCAGGCCCUGCUGGACGAUGUGAUCAAGGAUAGAGAUCUGUGUGCCCCUCAUGGCUUCAUGGAACUCCUCAAAGACACCCAAGUGGACCUAGACAAGCUGAUUGCCGUACCCUACGAGACAAUAAUGGCCGAGCACGACUCUUUGGUCGAGGAGAAUGAGAAGAAGAAUCGCGUUGGAAAAUUUCACAAUCCAAAGUUGGUGGCCAAGCAGCGCAUCCUCAAUAAGGAGCGCUUCCAGAUCGACUACAUGAGCCCCAUAGAAUCUCGGUAUAGAGUCAAUUGGACCCACAAUAAUGUGGAGCAGGGACAAUACAUUGAUUACCUACGCUGCAAGGUGCUUUCCGAUGAACUGGACAAAAUUGAAGACCUCACACGCAAGGACUCGCAUGUGUGGAGGAGCUGCCACUUGGAGUACGUGACCCUCAUUGAGCAGUACAAGAAUCGUAUUAACAUGGUCCAGCAGGCCUACGACGAUGACAUGGAAACGGCCGAGAAUAUGUUGCAGGCCACCAUCAGCAAGGUGAACAAGUGCAAGGACGACCUUAGGUUAUACCAGGAAAAAGUGGAGGACUUCCACGUGAAAAUCCAAGAGGUGCGCGACAAGAUUGCAAAAGAGGCGGAGAAGGAACGUGCCCGUUUGUCGGCGGCACGAGCUUCGAAGAGAAUGUCCAGGAUUCUGGCGAAACAGAAGGAGGAGAAGAAGGCCGCAGCGAAGCAGGCUAAGUUGGAAAAAAGGCUGGCGAGGCGAAAUAAAACUGAUGAACCUGCCCCAACAAAUUAAAUAUCCUUUAUCGCCACUUGUAAAUACAAUAACGUUUAUACAUGGAAA